AUGGCAGUCGAGCAGCCCACGCGCACGCUCGACGCGUCCGCGAAACCACGCGUCGGACUAUUGGCAGCUCUCCGGAAACCAGCUGCAGGAUCAUCAGACAGCAGUGCAGAGUCUGAAGAUGACGCCUCGGAAUCCGACCGCGACGCAACUACACGGAAGCCGCUCAAAAAGUUGGACGGCUCGCAACCACAAUCUCCGCCAGCCGAGGAAGACGAGGACAAGGAUGACAACGACGCGGCCUAUGAGCGCAUGAAGAAGCGACUGGCUGCUAGCAAAGCCACAAAGGAGACACUGGAAUCGGGUAACGCACAGGAUGAAGCGCGUGUUGUUGCUCUAGUGGUCAGCACCGACGAUGAAGACGAAAUGCCAGUCAACACCCGCAGGCCCGCCGUCAGAAAAGCAAAGAGCAUAAGUCGGCCAGCCUCGCCAGCUGCUAGUGCACGCGUACAGCGCAUACGAGCAGAGAGAUUGGCAAAUAAGCAGGAACAACAGAAGUCUGCAAAAAGCUCGAGGCGGCAAGCCAACCAAGGCUCGGGGAGCGAAUCAGAUGGCGAAAGCGGCCGACGCCUUACACAACAGGCAAAACCCACUCGCAAAGCUGGAAAGAAGGCAAUGGAGCUCAUGGCCCGUGAUCAGCAGAGAAUCAGCCGCAACAUGCAGCUCACACAUCAGGCCAAGACAAAGAAGAAGUAUGGCUUGGACCACCUCUUUAGCCGCUUUGCGUACAACGCUCCCAACGCUGGAACACCCGCUGAUGGUUUACCCACUCCAGACGCCAGCUCGGCCCUGGCGUCUUCGGAUGCUGAAGUGAAUCAAGUUGAGGACAGCCCACCAGAACAGGAAAAAUCGCAGGCCAAGGAGAAUACACCAACCACAGACGCAAUACAAGCCAAGGAGCCAUCUUCCCCACCCACGACAUUAGACAAGGGCAAAGGACGAGCGCCAGAAUUCCAACACCUUCCGCUGCAUCCCUGGAUGAAGGAAACCAAGCCAACCACGGUUUUGAAUGCUGAGGUUGAUCACCCUAUGGUUGAGCUUUCCGACUCCGAGGAUGAACUGCAGGUCGUGCAGCCAAAAGCUAGAUUUCCUGUCUUUGAUCGCAUACCUGUCAAGAAACAGCAAGAAUCUUCAUCAUUGCACCACCUUCGCCAUUUGGCUCAAAAGACCGCGUCAAAUGACUCAUCGCGCAAGGGUCCCAAGUCAAUAAGCCUCAACCAGAUGAAGCUGUUGCUUGCGCAAAAGGCUCGUGAGCAGGCGAACAAUGAACGCGCCGAAAAGAUCGAGGAUUUGAGGCGACGAGGUAUUCACAUUGAGACCGAGGAAGAGCGAGAAAAGAACCAAAUGGCCAUUGAAGACAUGGUUGCCCAAUUCGAAAAGCAGAGGCAGGAAGACCUCAAGCUUGCCAAGGCUGAAAGAAAGGAAGCAAAAGCCAAUGGCGAAACCAUCGAUGAUCUGCCAUCCAGCGACGAGUCUGACGACGACUAUGUAGGAAGUGGUGAAGAGAAUGCCGACGAGCCCGAGGCAGAAGCUGAAAACGAGGAGGUCGAGCUUGAACUUUCAGGUUCCGAGGAUGAAGGCGACGAGUUGAUUGCUGACGAGGCCGAAGAGGACCAAGACGACGAAUCAGCCGCCCAAGAGCAAAACCAGGACGAGGAUGCCGACAUGGACGAGGACGUCAUUAGCGUGCCUGCGCGCCAGCGGACGACGACCCGAGCACGAAACAUCAUCGUGGAUGACGAAGACGAGAGCGACAACGAUGUACCCAUGCCCGCCUCUCCCACACAGCAAGCGACGCAAGACGAUGCAAUGGCUGUUUUUGGUUUUGGCAACGCCGAUGCUGGCCUCGGUCUUACCCAAAUGUUUGCCGGCACCAUGGCAGAUCUGGAAUCUGGCUCUCAGUCUGUUGUUGCUGAACCAGAGCAAGAUUCUUUGGACUUUUUACGAAGCCUACCCGAGACCCAGCCAGGUGCCAACUUUAGCCAGGCUUCAGAUUUUGUGAUACCCAACAGCCAAUCAAUAAUUUCACAGCAAAAGGAAUCUCAAUCAGGCCCGGAUACACAAUUUAGCCUUGGUAUCAGCCAGAUAGUCAACACUUCACCAGCUUUUUCGCGCACACAGAUCGAAGACUUUCCCGAGCCCACACAAGAUGCCGGCUUUUCCUUUUCACGCUCGCCAGCUGGCGUCAUGCCGCCGCCUUCGACCGUGGACACUAUCAUGAUGAGCAUCUCUGAAUCUCCCAUCAAACAGAAAAAGGGCAAGCUGCAACGUGGGCUUCGUGAUGCGGCUGUUGAACUUUCAGACGUUGAAGAGGACCUUGUAGCGGAUAUGAGCGAAGACGACGACAUUCAGCUUCCACCAAAGCCUCGCCGAGAUGCAUUUGCCAAGCUGCAAAAGGGUGCCAAGAAGCAAAAGGCCAUGGACGACUUUGACAAGAAGACCAGUCUCGCCAAAGGGGCCGUCAUGGACCAAGCCGAGGAAUCCGAGGAUGAAUACGCCGGACUUGGAGGUGCAAGUGACGACGACAGUGGAGAUGAAGACGAAGAUACGAAGAAUAUGAUUGAACACGGCGAGGUUGAUGUUGAUGAGCGGCAAAUUGCCGCCUUUUUUGCUGAUAAGGCGAAAAAGGAAGACGAAAAGAACAUCAACGAGCUCUACAAGAAUGUCAUGAACGGAGGUCUUCGCAGGCGUGCUGGUGGUCGUGAUGACUUUGACAUGUCGGAUUCGGAAGACGAAGAAGACUUGCGUCUCCGCAAGAAGCGCGCUGAAUUCCAGAAGAUGAAUCGGGCUUUGCUGGCUGACGAGCGCAUUGGCAACAUUGCCAAAGACCAAAAGAAGCAAGCCUUCUUCCACACUUUGGCAGACUUUGCAGACGAGGGCGAAUACGAGUUUCUCAACAUGCCCGCAGACCUCGGUGGCAACACGGAGAGCCAGUCUCAAGAUGAUGGAUCAAAAGAGGGCCAAGCGAUGGACGACGUAGCCAUUCCCGACUCGCAGACACUUGACGCUGGGAAUCCCUCGGGAUCGGACAACCCGCUCAAGCGCAAGUCACCAUCUGAUUCACAAAAAGAGAAUCGACCACCGCCAAAUCUUCGUCGCACUGCUGCGUCGGACAAUCUCCUACGCAAACCAAUCACGCUUGCAGACGUUCAGAAUUCUGUGUCUGAAUUGCUCGACGAUCCGCGCAUCAUCGUGCCAGAUUCGCAAUUCUCCGAGUCGGACGACGACGACGAAUCCCCGGCACCCAAUGUCGCUUCUCGUAAGCCCAUUGUUGAUCGUCUGACAAUGUCUCGCACAUCUACCAUUUCAGAGGCUGCGCCAGACGGCGGCAACCUAGCUUUCCACGCUCCGUCGCGAUCAAGUAAUGCCCCCGGAUUCCGGAUCCCUUCUCUCAUCCGCCAGGCUACAUCCAAUCUAUCCGCGUCAUCAGAUUCCCAGAGAUCGACCAAAGGAGGCGUGCCCUCGGAAUCCGUCCGUCGUGGCGGAACUGGCAAGAGCAACAUUCACGCCCAAGCAAGAGAGGCGGAGAGGAGGCAAUUGCUGGAGAAGAAGGAUAGCAAGAGGAAGGAGGCACUAAGGAAAAAGGUCAGCGCAGGGAGGAAACAUGGUAUGAGAAGCGUCUUGGGUGAUAUGACCGGUGGUUUUGAGUAG